CCAUCCCAGGCUGACAGGCGGGCGGGCUCCAGGGCCAGGCACUGCACCUGUCAGGUGAGAGGGUGGAGAGGCUCGGCUGCCAGAUUCAACUGGAAAGGAACCAGUCACUGCCCAGCCACACCUGGGAGCUGGGAUCCGGAGGCAGCUCAGGCCUCCUGCAGCCCUGCGGUUCCCGAGGCAGUGGAGGAGGUAGCAGGAGGCUGGAGGCCAGGGCUUGAGAAGAGGGCCCAGGAGGAGAUAGGGAAGGCAGGGAAGGAAGUGAGGCAGGCUCAGAGAACCUGGCACAGAGAGGGAGACCCAAAGAGAAGCAGGAGGCAGCUGGGCCAAGAGGGCGUGAGAGCUGGAGCCAGUCACACAGUCAGGGAGGAAACAGGCAAGAAGGAGAGGCUGCUAAGCCAGGCAUUGUGCCUGCUGUGGAGACCCAGGAGGCGCUAGCGGGCAAGCGAAGGUGGCUGAGAGGCUCUGUGGCCACUCCAGACAAGCUCAGUGCUGCCUGGUUGGCCCCAACUCCAGAAGGUCAGCUGGCUCCUGGAAAGGUGGAGGAGGGUGGGAGGACUGGGGGAGAGUGGCCUCAGCGUUGGGAUGCGGGCACGGUCAGGGGCCGCCCCGUUCUACCUUCAUGCUAAUGAUGCUGGAGCGCACCAGAGCCCCGAGCUCAACCUUGACCUAGACCCUCACCUCCCCAACUCACCUAAGGGCUCCAUGGAGGGCGACAAGUGCAAGGGGCAAGACCCUUGUCCUCUCCAGUCCAUGCAAGAGCUGGGGAAGGGAGACAAGCGGGAAGAGCAGGGGCUGGGCCCCGAACCCUCAGCGCCCCCACAGCCCAGCGAGGAGGAGGAGGCGCUGAUCGAGUUCCACCGCUCCUACCGAGAGCUCUUCCAGUUCUUCUGCAACAACACUACCAUCCACGGCGCCAUCCGCCUGGUAUGCUCCAAGCACAACCGCAUGAAGACGGCCUUCUGGGCAGUGCUGUGGCUCUGCACCUUCGGCGUCAUGUACUGGCAGUUCGCCUUGCUGUUCGAAGAGUACUUCAGCUACCCCGUAAGCCUCAACAUCAACCUCAAUUCAGACAAGCUGGUCUUCCCUGCCGUCACCGUCUGCACCCUUAAUCCCUACAGAUACACUGAAAUUAAAGAGGAGCUGGAAGAACUGGACCGCAUCACGGAACAGACGCUCUUUGACCUAUACAAAUACAACUACUCCUACACUGUCAAGGCUGGGGCCCGCCGUCGCAGCACCCGCAACCUCAGGAGUGCUCUUCCGUACCCCUUGCAGCGACUAUACGCACCGCCUCCGCCCAACCCAGCCCGCUCCGCACGCAGCUCGUCUUCCAGUGUGCGAGACAACAACCCCCAAGUGGACAGGAAGGACUGGAAGAUCGGCUUCCAACUGUGCAACCAGAACAAAUCAGACUGCUUCUACCAGACAUACUCAUCCGGGGUGGAUGCAGUGAGGGAGUGGUACCGCUUCCAUUACAUCAACAUUCUCUCCAGACUGCCCGACACCUUGCCAUCCCUAGAGGAAGAAGCCUUGGGCAACUUCAUCUUCACUUGCCGCUUCAACCAGGCCCCCUGCGACCAGGCGAAUUACUCUCGCUUCCACCACCCCAUGUACGGGAAUUGCUACACUUUCAACAACAAGAACAACUCCGAUCUCUGGAUGUCCUCCAUGCCUGGAGUCAACAAUGGUCUGUCUCUGACACUGCGCACAGAACAGAAUGACUUCAUCCCCCUGCUGUCCACAGUGACAGGGGCCAGGGUGAUGGUGCACGGGCAGGAUGAGCCUGCCUUUAUGGAUGAUGGUGGCUUCAAUGUGCGGCCUGGUGUGGAGACCUCCAUCAGCAUGAGGAAGGAAGCCCUGGACAGCCUUGGAGGUAACUAUGGUGACUGUACUGAGAAUGGCAGCGAUGUCCCUGUCAAGAACCUUUACCCUUCCAAGUACACACAGCAGGUCUGCAUCCACUCCUGCUUCCAGGAGAACAUGAUCAAGGAGUGCGGCUGUGCCUACAUCUUCUACCCUAAGCCCAAGCAUGUAGAGUACUGUGACUACCGGAAGCAGAGCUCCUGGGGCUACUGCUACUAUAAGCUGCAGGGUGCCUUCUCCUUGGACAGCCUGGGCUGUUUCUCCAAGUGUCGGAAGCCAUGCAGUGUGACCAAUUACAAGCUCUCAGCUGGCUACUCACGAUGGCCGUCCGUGAAGUCCCAGGAUUGGAUCUUCCAGAUGCUGUCCUUGCAGAACAAUUACACGAUCAACAACAAAAGAAAUGGAGUUGCUAAACUCAACAUCUACUUCAAGGAACUGAACUAUAAAACGAAUUCGGAGUCUCCCUCUGUCACGAUGGUCAGCCUCCUGUCCAACCUGGGCAGCCAGUGGAGCCUGUGGUUCGGCUCCUCUGUGCUGUCUGUGGUGGAGAUGGCGGAGCUCAUCUUCGACCUCCUGGUCAUCACAGUCCUCAUGCUGCUGCACAGGUUUCGAAGCCGGUACUGGUCUCCAGGACGAGGGGCCCGGGGUGCCAGGGAAGUGGCCUCCACCCCAGCUUCCUCCUUCCCCUCCCGUUUCUGUCCCCACCCCACAUCUCCACUGCCUUCUUUGCCCCAGCAGGGCACAACCCCUUCCCUGGCCCUGACGGCUCCACCGCCUGCAUAUGCCACCCUAGGCCCCCGUGCCCAUCCGCUGGACUCCGCAGUGCCUGGCCCUUCUGCCUGCGCUCUGAGGGAGCCCUGAGAGAGCAGAAUGCUUCUCUCACCCAGGCCAGUGCUCCUGGGCAAACUGAAGAAUAUCCCCUCUUCAGUGGUACCGUCCACAGCUGCCCAACUGUCUUUGGUGUGCCUGAGGGAGUGGGCUAAGUAAGGGGCCCAGGAAGCUGUCCAGAGAAGGGUGGCUAAUGAGCUGCUCUGAGCUGCCGGGCUCCUUUUUCUGAACACUGCUUUCCGCACAAGCUCAGACAAGUCUCCUUUUCCCUUGGAUCAGCCAAGCCAGACUUGGAGCUUUGACAAGGAACUUUCCUGGGAAACGACCAAGGAACAAAUAUAAACAAGGCGCAGAAAAGCAGCCGCAGGUUUCCUACCCCAUGACCAGAGAUUGGCCUGGCCUCACCGCCUUCAGAGACACAGAUGUCUGCUCCCCCUCUUGAACUUGGGUGGGGAACCCCACCCAAAAGCCCCCUUUGUUAGUUCUUUGGCAAUUCCCCUUUUUCGACUCCCAACUGGGGGCUAGAGUAAGACUGGUAUAGUAAAGGUUUGACCAUUCCUCUUCA